AGUGAGCGUGGGCACGCGGGCGGCGUCGCGGAGGCGGAGUCAGGGAAUGGCCCCGCCCCUGCCAGCACCGCACCCGUCCUAAACUUUGGCUGAAUACGAAUAGUACAUUUGUUAAAGGUGUUUUGGUCAAACCAAAGAUAUGUCCAGGAAAGACACGGAUACACCUGCGGCAGAAAACUCCCCGCCAAUGACGCUGCAGGACUGCCUGGCCGAGUGCAUGGAGGCCGUGGACCUCUUCCUUAACAACCGCUUCACCGAGAGCCUGGAUAAGCUGCGGCCCCAUAUGCAGGACAGCAUGUACCACGCUGUGAUGUACGCCACCAUGCUGGAGAUGCAGGCCAUGAUGACCUUCCAGCACGAUGACAUCGUCAGGGCUGGGAACACCAUGAAAAGUGCCCAGGAGGUGUGCCAGAGGUUCCGCAAAAAGUCGUCCAGCAUAGUCAGCAAGUCUGGAGAAGGUUUAACCGAAGAACAGCUGCAUGCUGAGCUGUGCUACGCAGAAUGUCUGCUGCAGAGAGCCGCUCUCACCUUUUUACAGGAUGAGAACAUGGUGAGCUUUAUCAAAGGAGGAGUCAAGGUACGCAGCAGUUACCUCAUCUACAAAGACCUGCACACCUUCCUUCAGUCACAUCAGUAUCACAAAGGACUGAACCACUUCCAGUUAGAAGGAGGGGUGUCGUUUGGAAUCGGCGCAUUUAACUUGACCCUCUCCCUGUUUCCCGCUCGGAUCUUACGGCUCUUAGAAUUCGCUGGCCUUUCGGGGGAUAAGGAAUACGGUCUCUCCCAGCUACACAGCGGCGCCACAUCACUCAACCUGCGCUCCAUGCUGUGUGCCCUGCUGCUGCUGUGCUACUAUACCUUCCUCUCCUUCAUCCUGGGGACUGGGGAAGGCGAUGUGGACAACGCUGAGAAGCUACUGAAGCCGUUCCGCGUUCGCUAUCCACGGGGUGCCAUAUUCCUCUUCUUUGCUGGACGAACUGAGGAGAUCCGUGGGAACAUAGAUGAGGCGGUGGCACUGUUUGAAGACGGCUGCAGGGCCCAGCAGGCCUGGAAGCAGUUCCACCACAUGUGUUACUGGGAGCUGCUGUGGUGCUUCACUUACAAGCGUGUCUGGAAGAUGGCCUACUUCUACGCAGACCUCCUCAGCCAGGAGAGCCGCUGGUCCAAGGCCAUGUAUGUGUAUAUGAAGGCAGCCUGCCUCAGCAUGCUGCCCGACGACGAGGUCAGGCCUUUCGGGGAGAACGAAGUGGAGCUCUUCAGACAGGUGCCAACAUUUAAGCAAAAAAUAGCAGGGAAGUCCCCCCCAACUGAGAAGUUUGCUAUCCGAAAAGCCCGGCGCUAUAAAUCCAGCAGCCCAACGCGGCUUCCAGUGCCUGUGUUGGAAAUGAUGUACAUGUGGAAUGGCUUUACGAUGAUUCGUAGUCGGCCAGACCUGACAAGAGGGAUGAUGGAGACCUUGGUGGAUGCAGAGCGUGCCCUGCAGGACCGCCCCGUGACUGAGUAUUCUGUGGAUGACUCCUGUGUAAUACAACUACUGAAGGGAAUGUGCCUUAAGAAUGAUUGCCAAACUAAAGCGGCUGAGGACUGCUUCCAAAAAGUGAUUAACAGUGAAAAGAAGAUCAAGUUUGAUGAGUACCUUGUCCCAAAUGCUCUAUUGGAGCUUGGUCUACUCUACAUAGAUUUGGGACGCAAAGAUCAGGCCGUCAAGUUACUGCAGAAAGCCAAGAACAACUACAAGGAAUAUUCCAUGGAAUCGCGGACCCAGUUCAGGAUCCAUGCUGCUCUGACCAAACUGAAGGCAGACAUCAGUGAAGAGGAAGAAGAAAGCACAGAUCUAUAGAGGAUGACCUUCAAGGCAGCAUUGUUCGUGUUCCAAGCCCAACUCUGGCAGGCCGACUCCCUCAUGCCAGGCCAGUGGUUUGCACUCCUGCUAACGUGGAUGGGACUCUCCAUGUGUGCAUACCUCAUCCAG